AUGUUUGUCAGGUUCAGGAUUUAUGGAUCUGGUCAGCACCUCGCAAAUGUAGGGGUCCACAAGUUUGGAGAGGCUGUGUGUACCCCUGUUUUGCGUCGAGCGGUGAUUUGUCGCAGUAAAGAACAGAGAGCCGCCGGCGCAGCGCGCUCCACUUGCGUUUUUGAAUUCUGGACUUUGUGCACGAGACGUGUUCACGCAGUGUCGACACAUAACGAUUCGCAAACAACUCGGGGUAUCGAUAAAGCCGAAAACGAGAGCAAAAUGACAACAACAAUAGUUAAUUCAACGCAGACCGUAUUAAAAGACACCUAUGAUUAUUAUCUAUGGACACUUUCACUUUCAGACAGUAGAACAAAGGGAUGGCCACUGGUCGACUCUCCGUUGCCAACAGUAUUCUAUACAAUCAUGUACCUCUUCAUAGUUUGGGCGGGGCCAAAGUUAAUGAGGCACCGGCAGCCUUUCAAGUUGACGUGGCUGUUAGUACCAUAUAACUUAGCGAUGGCAGCCCUUAACUUCUACAUAGCUUUAAGGUUACUGACGGCCUCCUUUAGAUUAAGGUACAGCUAUAUAUGCGAGCCGUGCAGACAAAAGUACGAUCCAGACGAGUUACAAAUCGCUGAUGCAGUCUGGUGGUAUUACUUCUCUAAGCUCUUGGAAUUCUGCGACACCUUCUUUUUUAUUCUACGAAAGAAAGAUGAACAGCUGACGUUCUUGCACGUGUACCACCAUUCAACUAUGUUUAGCUUCUGGUGGAUCGGGAUUAAGUGGGUGCCCAGCGGGUCGACAUUCCUCCCUGCGAUGGUGAACAGUGGUAUACAUGUUCUAAUGUAUACCUACUACGGUCUAUCGGUGUUUGGUCCAUCAGUCAGCAAGUAUCUCUGGUGGAAAAAGUACCUCACCAUAUUGCAAUUGAUCCAGUUUACGUGCGCUCUUAUCCUCGGUGUCAAUGGUAUCAGGACAGGCUGUGAGUUUCCUUUGUGGAUGCAUUACGUUCUCAUCAUCUACAUGAUCUCCUUCAUUGUACUCUUUGGGAACUUCUACAUGAAGGCCUAUAUUGCUAAGACACAGGAGAGGAUUUUCGCGCAAGCGGCCAAGUGCUUUCGAAAUUUGCCCGCUUUGAUAGCG